AGCAAGCCCUCAUGCAAUUCAGUCUAGAACAAUUCAGAUGGCAUCCCUGCUAAAAUCCACAAAUAUUUUCUUCUAAUGGAAAAGCAAAGAAGUGUCACAUCUGGUUCCCAAGAUUCCAUGGUCAUACAGUUUUCAAAUGCAGCCAAAAUAUUCUCACAUGCUGGAAUGUACCAAGAAACUUCACAUCAGCUUGUAACCUUAACAACCCAAUUCACAGAUUUGUUAGCAGUUCAACACAGAGCCAGUACUCAUGAAUCUCCACUAGGAAGAAAAGAAAAGAAAAAAAACCCUAAUUUCCUAGCAAAAGCAAGGCCCGAAGCCCAUGAUUUUCCCACUUCACACGUACUAAAUGCCCCUCUCUGUUUCCAAACCCUGUAUUAAAUGCAGCAGCUGGAAAAUCCACCCACCUUCCGCAAAAACAAUCUCCCCUAAUCCCCAUACCUUUCUCUUUUCUCGCCCCUCAAAUGGACUCCCACUCCCUCUUUAAACCCAAAUGUCCACCCCCACCACCACAAUCCCCUCCACUAUCUCCGCCACCUCCCCUCCUCCCCCUGCUAAUUACCUCACCAACCUUGGCCUUGGCUAUUCUAUAGCCAUAGCCCUUUUCUUUCUCGUACUUCUCUCCACUAUCCUCCUUGCUUCUUACAUAUGUUGUCGCACCAACCGCCAUCGUUCUCGUAACUCUAACAACAACAACAAUAAUUAUGCAAACUCUACAGCUGAUGGCAUAAUACUUCCUCGUAUUAUUUUCGUUGCCGAAGAUGACGAAGAACAAGAACGUGAUUUAGAAAGUGCUGCUGUAGGUCUCAACCAGGCUGUUAUCAACUCGUACCCGAAAUUCCAGUUUAGUAAAGAUGGUGGGUUCAGUGAAAGAACCAAUAAUUUUUGUAAUACUUGCUCGAUCUGUUUGUGCGAGUAUAAAGAUUUGGAGAUGUUAAGAAUGAUGCCUGAUUGUAGGCAUUAUUUUCACUUGCUUUGUCUUGAUGCCUGGCUUAAGCUUAAUGGGUCGUGUCCCGUUUGUCGGAACUCACCGUUGCCUACUCCGCUUUCGACACCGUUGUCGGAGGUUGUGCCUUUGUCGCAGUACGCAGCGGAUCGGAGGAGGAGGUGAUUUUGGUUUGAUGUGGUUUGGGUGUGGACCGUGGAGUGUUGGGUUGUGUUUGGAAAUGGAGAACUGUAAAUUUUUGGGUUUUGAAAAGGCAGUAGGGGAAUUGGAUUUACUGAUUUGUGAUUUUGGAUUGUUCUAAAAUGAAACGUCUGGAAAAUCAUUUGACCAGGAGCUUUUUUUUUUUUUUGGCAAUGAAGUCUAAGAAUUGGAGUGUUAUUUUUGUUUGUUUCCUUUGAAUUUUACCUUUACUGUAACAAUGAUUGACUUUUUCAUCGAUUGCAAGAUGUUUCUGAUUCUUUUUCUU